CAUUUAUAGCAUGCAUGGUCCUGGCUUACAGAAAUAAAUAUGUUCAGCAUUUAGCAAGAGUCCACUAAAUGUUCCGUUCUUCUGCAGAUCAUGCUGCUCUCUCCUGCAGCUGAGCGCAGUCAGGACGGUUUGCUGUCGGUGCUCUGGGAGCUACUGGAGGAUCAGUCUCACCGUGAGCUAUUUGGUCUUGAGUUGGGAUCAGGCACAGGGCAGCAUGUGGUGCACUUCGCUCAAGAAAUGCCCUUUGUCACGUGGCAGCCUUCAGACAUCAGGGAGGAAGCACAGAACAGUAUCAGAGCUUAUAUAGGGGCCACUAAGGCAAAAACAGUGCUGGAGCCGGUGUAUCUGGAUGCCAGUCAACCCUGGGAGAAAUGGGCAGGACUUCCACAAAGCUCUUGUGACAUUAUUAUAGCAAUCAACCUGCUUCAGUACAGCCCCUUCAGAACUGCAGAGAAAACUGAUUCGGGCCGAAUGGCAAAAGAAACUUGUAGCCAAUCAGCAAUCGAGAUGCCUGAGAGCAACAAAUGCCUUGUCUUCAGAAAACUAUAG